AUGUCUGUGAAGGCUAUCCUCGUCCUCUGCGCCCAGGCGCUCCUCGUCAAGUCGGUGUUCAGUCAAGCGUGUGGGUACGCUGCUCCCGUCCUAGCCAGCCCUUGUGGACUGGCCGCUUCUGAGUUCGUCGCUCCUUGCGCUGGCCUUGGAGCUGCUGGUUUAGCCGCUCCUUAUGGUCUGGCUGGCAGAGGCCUGGGUUACGAUGCUAUCAUCGGUGCCCCUGCUAUGGAAUUCAGCCCCACCAGUGGUGGUGGUUUGCCUGUGACCAGUGGCUCUGCUAUCGCUCCCGUCGGAAUCUCUGUGGUGUCAGAUAACGCUUACGAAGGUAUCCUGCAAGUGAUCGGAGAGCUGCCGUUCGUGGGUACUGUCGCUAUGGAAGGAGCGUUGCCUACCGUUGGUGGUGGUGCCAUCAACCAUGCCUGUGGUAAUGGAGUGAAUGCCAUGGUCAGUGAGAAUGCUGGCUUCGCUCCUGCUGCAGCUAUUGGCGUUCCUCCCUACGGCUCCUAUGGGUAUCCUGCAGUCUGGCCUGGUACCUUUGCUCCUUCAGUUGAUACUGGUUUUCUUAACUACCAAAGAGGUUGCGGCUGUGGAUCAAAUAUAGGUUAUGUGUUAUAA